AUGCGAAUUAAGGAACGAUUGUCAUGCGCGGUUGGAAAUGUAUUCAACGACCUAUUCCGGCAGCUCGGACAAUCAUAUCAACUAUUUUUCCUCAUGAAAAUUGUUGAACUUUCCCCUUCAGAGGCAGCACUGAUUAUUCUUAUUGGACAAAUUGCAGACGCGUCAUUCUCACCCAUUGCUGGAUACCUUGGUGAUAGUGCAAACGUACCUUUUCUUUCUAAGAAAAUUGGCAGGCGAAAAUCUUGGCACUGUUUGGCAACAGUAUUCAUGGCCAUCGGACUUCCCUUUUUCUUCAACCGCUGCUUGUUAUGCAGUGUCAGCAAUCAAAACUGGCUUCGACUAUUCUAUUUCUGUUUCAUUUUAGCAUUGAUAAACAUCUGUUUCAACGUAGUGGAGAUUAAUCAUUUGGCAUUUAUCACGACUGUAGCUGCUUCUGUGGAGGAAUGCACAGUUCUUAGUGCGAUGAGGUAUGUUCUCAACGUUACAGUUUGAAUCUUAAAUCAUGUCCAUUUGAAGCACACUUUUGUUUUCUCCAUCUAUGUCCAGUAUUUUCAUAAUCAUAAUACAAUAGGAAAAUUAUUAGAGGAGUUCUUACCUGCGGUUCUGAAAGUAAAGAAUUAAAUUUGAUUAUUGUAAGCAGUAUUACAUCCUCUUCUUUUUUGACGGAUGAAAACGAAAUUCAGGUUGAAGAUUCUUACCACUAAGAUCAAAAAAGUGGUUUACUUGAUUGACUGUAUAACGAGCCUAUGCCUGAAAUAAGUGAAAAUUUAUAUGAACAUACAAUGUAAUAAAUUGCAACAUGCUGCGGGCGCAAAUAUUACCUUAUUCCAAAGGAGAUACUAUGGCGUAAAUCUGUAUGUACGCACAGCCGACGGCAUUCACUACAUGAUGUGUGCAGUUUACUUCGGCGCAAGUUCCUGUCGAUUUUAGUCGCGAGGUUUCAAAACCUUUUAAAUUUUUUUUCCGCCAUACGGAUUGAGAUGGACCAUUCGGAGCUCAAAAUGAACGUAAACAAGCUAAAUACCACUCGAAAACAGCGAGCAUGUAGCUCUUUCAAGCGACCAAAUUAGUUUUGGAGUUAACGAUAUUUCAUUCCCAAAGGUGUUUUUCAAGAGAAGGUUUUGUUCUAAAGUCGAACAUUUUGCAGAAUUUCAACACAGAGCUACGCAAUUUUCUGGUCAUAGGUCCUAGUAAACAACAAUUCAAUUAUGGUAAACCUAACACGAGGGUCUCGUAAAUGCAAGACAUUUUUACGUUUUCGCUUCGUUUUUCGAACGGUAAAUAUCAUUUUCAAGUGUUGAUAUGCCCUUAAAGUAUUAUUACUGACUAAAUUUAAAAUAAAUACUAAAUACUUAAAAUGUCAAAUUUCAGAAUUUUCACAAUCUGCAACACAAUUUUAUGUGCAUUUCUGUCCAUGAAUUGUAGUACACAACGAUUCUAGGUCUCAUACUUACAAAAAAAAAUUAGUUGCCUUCGGUUCAAUUCUUUGAUUAUAGCUUAGCUCUCACAAUAUUUCUUGGUCGUUUUUGCCUAGUCAGUUAUUGCUAGUUUCCGAGUAAAACCCGACACAGGGUCUACCAGGGUUUACUUUUUUCCGUGCCCAAAUUGUGUCUGUAUACUAUGUUACAAAAGAAUUGGUUUACGCUUUUAACUGAGCGUAUAUCGAGUUACAAAUGCACUCGUGAAGUUUGGAGAGCACUCAAGAGGCUGCGUCACGAACAACUCUUACGCUUCUCUAAAGCUCUCGAAUGCGCGCUAAGCAUGAACCAACUCAUUAAUGUAUGUACGCGCCAUGAUGAUAUUCAUAUAAUCUUAAAUGAAGUUCUUCUGCUUCCUUUUUCUGUCACCUUUAGGACUGUGUUCAGCUUCCUAAGUGGUGUCUUUAUUUAUGCAACCGCCUGGGGUCUUCUCGGUCUUGAUAGUGGCGAUGCUUCGGGACCUAACAGCCCUCCAUAUCUUACGGUUAGAAGCUUUCCCCCUAAUCGUUUUAGAAGUAAUAUACUCCAGUGAAGAAACCUUGCUCUAAGCGAAGAUAAAUACACUUGUCAAACAGCUGAAGGUAAAGUCACUUUAUGACCUAUCAGAAUCCAGGAUUUUGCGGUAAAAAGCAGCUCUCGAGAUACUAGUUUAAAUGAAAUUUCGCGUAGAAGUAAAAUCGUUGCUUCUAGGAAUCGCUAUCUUCCUCUGCUGAACUAAAACUACAUAAUGUGCCAAGAGAUACGCAGUCAGGGUUAUCUUCCCAUUACUUUGCUAGGACUUCCUUUUCUCUCAUGGAUAGCGACUGGAACAGGAGUCUUCUUUGCAAUCAUCUUUCUCAUUGGUGCAAAGGAACCUCAAAAACUGAACGAAGUGGAGAAGCAACCAACAUGUGUUGGUAAUAUUGAAGAUCAUGUUGCAAUGAGUGACGAAGAUGGCAAGAAUGAUGAAAACAGAUACCAUGCUACAAAAGAACCUCAAAGACGUUUACGCACAAAUAGCACAUAUUCAAGUAUUAUGGUAAGUCAAGAUCAAGAUCCUUGUGGGAAAGCCCCGAAAUGAUAGUUGUAUCCGAUCAAAUAUUUUGGUAUUAGCAGCUCCUUCAUCUCAUUUUGAACAAUACUCGUAUUACUCGAAAUGAAUUAAAACCUGAAGGACUUAUUACGUACCCCGCACUCUUGUAGCGGACAUUUUCAAGGCAGGUAUUAUGAUUGCAGAAUCUUUAGGGGAUUCUGCAAAUGUCACAAGUUCUAUUCGUUGCUCGAGUUGUGAAGUGGAAAAACUCAGUCAGUUACCCUUCUUUUUCAUUGCAGAACGCUUCUGGAAUGAUAUUGACACCGUUUGAAAGUAAAAAUACAGGCAAGUUUAUAUAAAAUGUACCCUUUUAAACUAAUCGCUUUUACCUUUAGGAACCGGCCGGUUCCACAACUUACACAUCUUACUAUAAUAAUACACACUUUAAUUUGGAUAACCAUCGGUGAAAAAUAAUGUCACUUCCGUCAACAGUGUAAAAGUAUUGCUGAUGCCAUAUAUAUUGCUGAAAAUGUACAAGCUGAGCUUUAAACAAAAGUAUAUAAACUAAUUUUGUUCAUUUCUUCAAUUGGAAAGACUCUUCUAGGGACAGUCUCGCCCAUAGAUUUGUGGGUAUGACUAUGGCUUCGUCUCAAUUUGAAACCUACCACUAUGACCUCAACGGAAGUGAAGAUAUCCGAUGCCAUGAGCAGCGUGAAAGAAAGAAAAAUUUAUUGCAGAAGUUUAUUCCUGCUAUAUUGAAUGACGAAGAAAAUGAUUCGGGACACAGUCAAUCAAAAGUUGACGCUGAAGGCGCAGAUAACAAUCAAGAAAGUGAGAACACGAAAAAAGGGAUAUGUUCAGAGGCGGAGCAUUUAGAUCGUGAGCGCAAGAAAAGUCUCCUGUUGCGGGUUUAUGACGGAAUCUUAUCUAGAAUGCAACACCCAGAGGAAAGGCAAACAACAUGUACUGGCAGCAUUGGACAUCAAGCAGCAGAGGGCAAUAAAUAUGACGGGUAUAUAACUGGAGCAAAGUACUGUAGAAAAGAAGAGGUGGGAACCAUUCCUGAAGAAAAACACAGGAAAACCUCCCACAGCAUGGAUUCGAGCAAAAAAGGGAAGAAGAUAGGAAAUGAUGAUGAGAAAGUAAUCAAUGACAUCUUUGAAACGGCAAUUUCGUUCGACCACGGGCAAAGUGAAUAUGGCCACCCUACUAUUCCGGAUGAAGAUGAUCGUGGGCUGCCUAACUUUGGAUCUACCUAUGAUACUAGCGAAGAUGAGGUCAAAGGAAAGUUUUCCAAUACUUCAAUUAGGAAGCCGAAAAAGGCCGUGACUUUCAGUGCGCCUCUAUUACUAGAAAUUCCGUCAAUACGCGAGGACCAGCCAAAGGAAUUCGAUUUUUAUGACUGGGCUGGAGAAGCAACGCUCCUGAAUGAAAGUGCUCGUAAUUAUCUGAGACAGAGUUGCAAAAACAACGAUACUAUAGUAUCCUACGAGAGAAGCAAAAAUUACUCAUCUUCAGAAGCCAAUCCUGAUCUACAUGGUCCUCAUGUUUCAUCAGAAAAUUUUCGGUCUGAGCGGAAACACCCGAAAAGAAUCAAAGAUUGGCUGAGAGAUCCGAACUUGUAUAAGGUAAAACAAAAUAAGCCUCUUAAUUGUCUUGUUUGUUUGCUCCUAAAGUUCUUCAUCUUUUUUUCUGGUGUGAUUUUUUUUUUCAGGUAGCUAUUAUUUUUACAUGUACACGCCUUGCACAAGACACUGUGUACAGUUAUUUACCGCUAUUCCUCUCAGAAAGGCUAAAAUCUGCAAAGGUAUGAUAUUGAAGUCCCUUCACUUUACAAUAUGCAAUGUUCACUUGCUUACAAAAUGAAUGGGUGUGAUUUCACUGUGUUUUUUCCCUCUUAUCAGGAAGCUAUUGCCUAUAUCCCACUUAUUCUCCUUGUCAGUGGCUCCUUGUCAAGUUUGAUAAGUAACAGACUUUGUAGGAAGAUUGGAAGUAAGGUAUGGGCAUUAGAUGAGUCUCAUAAUGAACAGUUAUUUUCUAUCAAGGGGAUUGUGUGACCCUAAGCCUAUUUCCAAAUUGAUGUCCAAACUGCUUGUUACCAUAAAUCCAUUGGUCAUUGCUUAUUGGUACCCUUGCCAAGUAAUAAAUCAGUGAAUUUUCGUUUUCUUAAGUACAGAGAAAAGUGACGUUUCCCAAAAUAAGCCCUACUUAAUUGUGUGAGUCUACUAAAUUUCAAUUUUUUAAUUGGUCGCGAAAAUAAGUGGAGCUUUUUACUGGCGGCUUUCCUUGCAAUGGGUGGUGCCGUUUGGAGCUAUUUUCUGACCGUCUCCACCAAUCAGUCAACCUAUGCGCCUGUAGUAAUGAUAGGAAGCGGUCUGUCAGUUAUGUACGUCAUGGCACUUGUCUUCAUCACAGAACUGAUUGGAGAAAAUAAGGUUGGUGUUACCAUCGUUAAACUAAAUUAAUGGUUUUUUGGGAACAGUUGAUAUGAGAACCCCUAAAACAAUUUCCUCGUAACAAGCUCUCCCAUCGACCGCAUAAUGAGUAAUCACUAGCGGUGUUGGAACUAAUUUUAGAAAUCAUUGGUAACAUAAUGAAGUCAACGAGAAAAAAAAAAUUAGACAUAGUCUGCUACCAGGUAGUCCGAACUAAGGAGUGUGUAGCAGUAUCGCAGCCUAAGCAACAUGAAGCGACUAUAAUUAUUGCUUAUUCCCCUAGAAAAUUACCCUAAGUAUUUCGCCAGUUCUCCCUGACAGUUUCUUACACUUCUGAGUUGAGGGAGGCAUCGGGAAAUGUUAUUUCCUGUGCAGGAAUGUACAUUAUAAAUACUACCACUAGCCAGCGUUUGAACCUGAAUGAUCAGACCCGAAGUCCGCCGCCUUUAGCUCUACACUAUCGUAUAUAAUUUCGGUCGAUAAAUUGUCAAUUUCAGGAAACCAGUGGAUCAGUGUUUGCCAUUGUAACUGUGAUCGCUAGAAUUUCAAGCGGUGGACUUAUCAUUUGUAUACAGGAAUUUUACCCAGAAGAAAGGUCAGUCAGCCACGUAUGAUCGACAGGUCACGUUACAAGAAAAUAGACUUGUACUAAUAUGGACAAUAUACGAAAUUCUAAGGUUACAAAAGCUCUAACUAAACAUCAGACUUUUCUUUUGGCUCACUUUGCAGAGGGAAAUGCCUGCUAUGUUCUUGGUCGAAUCCACUUUUUUGCACCAUAUGAAAAUAUCGUACACGCAUAAAACUUUUUUAAUUUACUACAUCUAUUUUGAAAUAGCUGGUGACCCUUGCAAUCUGAUGGGUUCCCAUCGGUGCGUUUUAUUGACAAAUCGCACCAUUUUAUGCUCUAGCUCGCGCUCAUUUGAUUUUUAAACCAUGCGUAUGAUUUCAGGCCUAAUAAUACACAUGCAAAAAUUUCAGCAUGCUCAUUGGCUGAGAACACGUAAAUUAAUCUCAAGCAUUGCAGAAAAUUGAAAUUGAGAGCAAAAAGUUGAAAUUAAAUUUACUGACAGCUAAAUCACGAAAGCACAACAAAACAAACAGGAGGACAGGUGAGGAGAAAGUAACAUUUUCUCAGAGUUUGAGAGAGAAUGCAAAAAAAUAAAAUUCUCGAGGAGUUUUUCGUAACAAUUCGACCGAUACCUAACAGAGAAAGAAUACAAACGCUCAAUUAUUCGCGAGAGAGGUUUAAAAUUCGAAGCAAAUUCUAGAGCAACAAGCCCCAACUCUCCGCAACAAAGAAAAUAUAAAGGCAAGGAGCCGCACUGGUGAGCCACAACCACAACCACAAAUAAAGACAACUGAAAUGGAAAACAGAGUCAUUUUUGCUUGUAUAACCAGUUAUUUUAAAUUCUUUGAAAUUUUUUUCAAAAUUUAGUUAUAGCCUUUGAAAAAUUUAUUCGUGCUGAUCCAUCCCAAAUUGCACUCGAAAUCAUGCGAUUACCUAUACAAAUUGCACUCCACUCGUUCAAUUACCAUUAUUAAUCACUUAUGUAAUGUUCUGAUUGGCUAAAAAUUCUCCUCUCGAUUCAAACCAGCGCAAAUUUUCUCGGUCGAUGAAAAUACCGUAGCGACAUCAAACUUUUAAUCAUCUUCGAAAGCCUAUAAUGUUCUGAUUUGCUUAAUUUCCCUCUCUCGUUUCAAACCAGCUCAAAUAUGGCGGUUGGCAACUACGUGCAAUAUGUGUUUGCGAUGACGCCUGGGACGUUAACUUUGGUCGGAUCCAUGUUGGUUUUGCUUUUUCAACCAUCAGAAGUUUCCUUCAAAAAUAAAGGUAAAAACACAAAUGUUUUGCUGUAGUUUGCUUCUUGGGCUAAAAUAUCAUCGUUUAGAAGAACUGCAUGACACUCCCAUAUCUUUAAGAAAUCGGUCUUAGCCUUUUCAGGACGUGCAGACAAUAUCUUACUUUGAAAUGAAAGGGGCUAUGCAAUUUCAUAUUGUAAUGUUUUAAGUUACUCCUCUGGUAAUUUAAGAGGUUGUUGUGUGUUGAAUGAUAUCCUUCACAGUGUUUCAUAAAGAGGACAUGAUGUUCUAUUACAGCCUCAUGUGUUUGUAUCAUUUCCGAUGCAUAAGCUUACCUUCUGCCAUUUCACCUAUUAAGGCUCACAGAGUAUCGAGGAUCAAGCUGACCAAUCAUCGUGUGACGGCCAAGUUCCUCAGUGUACGUGUAAAAUUGAGACAACGCCAAAUGUCUGCUUGGAUGAAAAUCAAAAUUCUUCCAGCGCUUCGGUGCUUUCUUUUUCUGAAGACACAAAACUUUAAUUCCUUCCGCUAGUUUAUUAUGUGUCGGCGAUGUUUAACCGACCAUUCAAAAGCUCGUUACAAAGUUUGUUCAAGGACAACAUUUCUAUCAAAAUAAGUAUUUGUGACUGAUCUUUCUCGGUGUUGGGAAGAAGGGGUUAAUAAAAUUAUAUAUCACAAACCUAUUAUAAUCAAAAAAUAAUUUUAUAAUCUCUGAAUGACGUGGAAAUGGUAUUCUAAGUUCAUACCAUUCAACUCAUUGUUAGCUGUUAUCAAUUUUUAUUAACUCAUACCUCCUCUAGAUCUGUACGUGAAAUAGGUAGGGAACAUUUGAUCAGAUUCUUUUUGAAUGGCCAUUCCAGUAAAAAUGCGUUGUCUUAAAUGUUUCCUGAAUGUAACAAAUAAUUUGAAUGCACGAUGCACUCACUUUUACUCAGUUUUUUUUUUCUGAACCGGAAGUUCCUGGAAAUCAGUAGCUUUUAGAGGAUUAUUAAUGGUUACUACUUUUUUAAGUCACUUAAAGUUUUUUAGUAAUCUAAAGUCAGAUUUUAAUCCUUUCAUGUCGAUUUCGGUGAAGAGUAACGCCGAAUAUUCUAGAUGCUUUUACGCGCGCACAAUUACUGUUUUUUUGAAUUCGUGAUGGGUUCAUGCGUCCCGUGUGCAAGUAGCGCGAUUCUAAAUUGCAAAGGGCAGAAUCUUGAGCCUUCCUCACGAUCUUCAGCUAUGAUCUGUGUUUUGUUAUUGGGUAAGAGUCUUUGAGCAGUAUUUUCUUAAACUGUACAAAGAAUAUUAACAAUUGUUUUUAUUCUCAUACUGCUGCUUUGCUAGGUCCCAAAAUAGUUGUAUAUUAAAUUGUAUGGUGCUUACAGUUAAGAGAGAUCUACAAGACUAACAUUGCAAAGAUAAUGAUGUCUAUCAGUUAUAUAAACCCUGAUCGCCGUGAUUGACGUCAGUAAGACAACAGAGGUGGAUAAUCAUCACAAGGUUUACGAUUGCAUUUCGUCUACCGUAAUUGUAGAUUCGAACAGUUAUUUUGAACUUAUGUUAUAUUUAACCAUCCAUGGUCCUUAUCAGUAACAAUUAUACAACUUGCAGCUUAGAUGGACGUUUGCAUUUGAACCACUCGCUUUCCAUGUAUUCCUCCGGAUAUUAAAAAAGCGAUAACUCUUGAUUCUAAUGAAGCCACUUUCUUAACUUUUUGUUUUUCAAGUAAGGCACGCUAGAGUAAUUUCCAUACACUUAUAAUUGAUAAAAUGCCAAUGUCUGAAGGGCACAAUCAAUGAGGGUCAUGGGAUUUGUCUCAUUAGCAACAAUAUUCUCAAGGCACUUUACAAAACCGAUUUAUAAUCAGCGUUCUUAAAAAAGAGGCAAACUGUAACAAGAUAAUUUUGGUUUUAUCAACUGAGUUAUCCGGAGUUCACAUGUAUGAUUUUCAUGUAUUUACAGUCAAUUGGGUCGAAUAAUGUAAAUUGGCCACCAUAAAGAGUUUCAAAGCGAAGGGCUCUGACAAAGGGCUAACGCUCGAAACGUCAGCUUUGAAACUCUUUACGGUGGCCAAUUUACGUUAUCAACUCAGUCGAUAAAACAAAGCAGAAUUCAAGUUCUAAAUGAGUUCUAUAUUGCUGAUAGUUUAAUUUAGAAUCGCUUUCUGUGUUCUUGGUAGAGAGCUGAACUAUAAGCUAGCAUGUCAUGGGAUUGGGGUAAAGAACGCGAAAGUUCUAGAUGUAUUUUACACACGUUAUAACCAUCAGUUAUGCAAAUAACAAUAUUUGUUUGGGUAAUUAACCGCCCAUCUUUAGAGAGUUGAUACCUUUCCAACAUCCAAUUCAGAUCUAGUCAUGCGGCAAUUCACGGUUAAUAACUCCGUCUUUACUGAAUGAGUGGGCAUUACCUUGAAUGUAAAAGUCACAAAAUUAAUUUGGAAGCAUUUUAUGCUUGAAUUUCACGCUUUUCAGCAUCGAACUGAAAGCAUCGUGUUCCUAUGAAGUUUUUCAGAAAUUCUCCACCCAGAAGGAAUCACUGAAACGAGGAUCAGUACGUUGAUUUUAUUCUAUUGAGUAUCUAGGAAUGGUUCUAUUGUCUCUAUCUAGGGAUAGUUCCAUUGUCUCCAAAAGACACAUUUUGACACGCAUUGUUUUGUAUGAUUCUAUGGGCAGAGUAAGAUUUUGGCGGGCCGAGAUAGCAUCCAUCGCCGUCUUUCAUUUCUUCUACCAAGGGCUCUUUGGAAGCCAUUUUGUAAGCUAUAUCUCUUUAACCAUUCCGCUGUAUUUAAUUUUACGGUCGGGGUCAGUUUGAUGAUACGGAAUGGAUUGAGCUCGGCCGCAAGAUUCUUCCUGCGUUAUUUUUUAAGAUGCGCGUUUGGGUAAGGUUAUCGUGUGCAGUUGGAAAUGUAUUCAACGACUUCUACCGACAGCUCCUCCAGUCAUUUGAGCUUUUAUUCUUCAUGAAAGUUGUUGAACUUUCAGCCUCAGAAGCAGGACUGAUUAUACUUAUUGGAGAAAUUGCAGACGCAUUAUUCUCUCCAAUUACUGGGUAUCUUGGUGAUCUAGUAAACUUACCGUUUCUUUCAAAGAGGAUUGGCAGGCGAAAAUCUUGGCAUCUUUUGGCAACAGUCUUCAUGGCCGUCGCACUUCCUCUUUUGUUCAAUCGGUGCUUUCUUUGUGCUGGCAACCAUCAAAGCUGGCUUCCCCUCUUUUACUUUGGAUUCUUCUCGGCGUUGGUAAACAUAUGUUUCAACAUGGUAGAGAUAAAUCACAUGGCUUUCAUCACAGCUGUUGCCGAGUCUGUAGAAGAGUUCACAAUUCUUGGCGCACUUAGGUCUGUUCUGAAUAAUUUGUUUGAGUUUGUAUAAUUUACGUCGUAUUUGAAAUAUCUUACUUUGCAAUGCAUGCCUGUCUGUCUCAUCCGUGUACAGAAGCUAACACGAAUAUGUCGUUGAGUUUUCCUCACCGUUGUGUAAAAAAUGCCAAAUUUACUGAAGUAUUACGACUGGUGGAUGUUUAGGAAUCAAGUUUGAUUAUUUUUGCCCCACAAUAUCAUGAAAUAAGCUGAUAAUGAUAAAGCAAUUCAGUUCAAUGACUAAGCCACUUAAAUGAGAAGUUUUUAUUGAUUAGUUUAUUUACUAUCGGAAAGUUUCUCAGGCGUAUUGUAAUAAAUGGUGGUGGGGUGUUAUAAUGAAUGUCAAUUUGAUGUCUUGUGUUCCGCAAUGAUGUUGCUCGUGAUAUCUGACAAUAAUAUUUUCCUGUCUCGUAAUCGGGUCAUUAAGGACUGUAUUUCGCUUCCUGAGUGGUAUUUACAUAUACGCCAUCGCCUGGAGCCUUCUGGGACAAGACAAUGCAGCUGCUCUUGGACCUGACAGCCUGUCAGAUUUUGCGGUUAGUAGCAGCUCUCAAUAAUUUAUUUUGAAAAAAGCUUCGCCUGAAAGGGAAUCCAAAACUUCAGGAAAUGCCUUCUUUUCCUUUGCCUCACUCAAAUGAAAUCGUUGGUUUCAAAAUGGCGAGAGAAAGAAAAGUGAAGUAGUGUCUCCAUUUUUUCUUCUGAAAUUUCCCCUACAAUUGUAAUUUUCCUCUCUUUGAAUUUGCAGUAUCUCUCGUGGAUUGCUACUGGAACUGGAGUCCUCUUUGUAACCGUCUUUCUCAUUGGCAGCACAAAGGAGCAUCAGAAACGUUUGAGAAGAAGGAGCAGAUUAUCGGGUAUUUUGGUAGGUCAAAACCUGAAUGGAAAAACCUUUUGAUAAAUUCAAAGUCAUUGAUCAAUGCAAUCAAACAUUUUGGUGGAUCUCUGUUUGAAUCAUGCAUAUCUUACCGUAAAUGACUUCUACUUUAUUGGUAAAUACUUUUUAUUUCAUAUCCUGGUUUUGGAACCCUCGUAUUUGGGUAACUAGAUUGUUGCAGGCAGUGCAUAUAAAGGCAUUUUGAAAAAUGCUGUAUGUACUAUUUGACUAGAUGGUUGUGGAAUAGACGAACUCAAACUGACAUUUUCCUUCAUUGUAGAACACUCCUGGGAUAUUUGUAACAACACCUUUGGGAAGUGAGAACGCAGGCAAGUCUUUGCUCGUCAUAUAAAAUAACGUCAGUCUCGUUCGAGAAGUCAGCUUCAAAUCUAGCUCCUUGCAACAUGUUGCUGUUUAUAAAUGAUUGUGUCUUUUUUCUAAUGUUUAAGGUUUUCUCCAAGACAGCCUUGCUCAUAGAUUUGUGGACAUGAUCAUGGCAUCGUCUCAGUUGGAAAAUUAUAAGCAAGAGAUGAACGAUUGGGAAGAAAGCCAAAGUCGAGAGCUGCAUAAUAGAAAAAAAAGUGUAUUGCAGAAGUUUGUCGCUGCUAUAUUUUCUGAAGGGGAUAACUACAUUGUUCAUGCUCGAUAUAAACCCGUCUUCGAGGAAGAAACGAAGGACCCAGAAAGAGAGGAUACAAAAAAACGUAUGGUCUUAGAAGUACAACAAUUAAAUCGUGAUCGUAAGAAAAGUUUGAUGAUGCGGGUUUUCGACGGACUUCUGUCAAGACUAGGACAUGAGGAGGAGGAGCAACCUAAACUCACUGUCGGCAUUGAACACCAAGUUUCAGCAGACAAUGAGCAUGAAAGGUAUCUAGCCGAUAAAGAGUACUGCAGACAUGAAGAGAACGAAACCUUUCGUGAAGAGGAUACAUGGAAAAUGCUCAACAACAAUAAAGCUGUCGACGAAGAGGCGGGAGAUGGUGUAGAAGAAAAGUUCCCGGGCACCCUAGAAACAUCCAUUUUGUCCAAACGUAAGCAAAGAAAACAUGCUAUCGUGAUGACUUCAGUUAGUGGUCGUAAUAGCGUAUUAAACUUGGGAUCUGAAUAUGAUACAAGUAAUGAUUCGGAAAAAGAAAACUUUAUUCGCACUACCGUUAAAAACCAGAAGAAGUCUGUGACUUUUUAUGAGCCAGGACUUUCCGAUAUUCCUUCAAUGGAUGAGGGGACACAGAAGAAAUUAAGUCUUGAGGACUUGCCUAAAGACGGAACGAUCCUCAGUGAAAGUGCUCAGAGCUAUUUGGCACAAGAUUGCGCCGAAGAUAACACAAGAGAAUCGGCAGUUUUAGAUGAUAAUCCUGCUCCACAUAGUUUUCCUGUUCUUUCGGAAAUUCUUCCAACUGAGAGAAAACGUCCAAAAAGAAUCAAAGAUUGGCUGAGAGAUCCAAACCUGUAUAGGGUAAGACCAAACACAUUGCUAUCUAGUUUAUUUCCACGUUGAAGACUUUUAAUUUUAACUUUCUCCUUUUCUGUGCCUUGUGUCCUUCUCAGGUAGCCAUUAUAUUCACAAGUUCACGCCUUGCGCAGAACGCUGUAUACAAUUACUUACCGUUGUUCCUUACAGAGAGGCUGCUAUUUGCAAAGGUAUAAUAGUCGAAUCUUCUCUUAUCCCUUCACUUCAUUUUAUAGUUUGCAGUGUUUACUUGUUUUUAUGUUCACCGCUUUUUUUUUGUCUAAUACAAGGAAGCCAUCGCCUAUUUCCCACUUAUUCUCCUGAUCAGCGCCACUUUCUCAAGUUUAUUCUGCAACAGCCUGAACAGGAAGAUUGGAAGUAAGGUAUGAUGGUAAGAUUUAUCCCAUUAUUAACUGAUACUUUUUACCUUAGCAUUCACAAGUUUGACUUAUUUUUUAUUUUUUGUAAAUUGAAGUAAAUUGUUUUUAGUGCAUUGGUGCGCUCAUUCAUCUCUCUAGGGUCAGUUCCUGAUCUGCACGUUUUAACAUCGCGAGAAAAAUGAAAUUCAUGUAACAUAAGCUUCAAUAAGGUUGAAUGCAUAUAUAAAUUCAUCUAAGCGUCAUUUCUACUUUGGUUUCGACAUUUAGUGGAGUUAUCUUUUGGCGGGUUCCCUGGUGAUGGGCUGUUCUGUUUGGAGCUAUUUUCAGACUGUCUCCACCAAGCAAUCGGCUUAUGCAGUGAUGGUUACAAUGGGAAGUGGUCUUUCCGUUAUGGACGUCAUGGCACUUGUCUUCAUUACAGAGGUGAUUGGAGAAAAUAAGGUUAGUGUUGUUAAACGAAUUUCUUUCUUUUUGGAAACAAUAAAAUUAAAUCAUCUCAAAAAGGUUCUUUUUCUGACAAGCCAUUCAUUAAAUUGCCCAAAAUUUGAAAUUACUACAAACAAACAUCGGUAUCUAAAGAAAUUUUAGGGUUGAAAAAAGGUGAGAGCUGCACUCUAACCAAUGACCCGGACUACUUAGCCCUCUCGUAGUAGUAAAUACUAACAUGGUGAUCCCUGGUCGAUAGUCCUUGAACAAAAUGUCUGGUUUCAAUGACACGACGCUGGAUCCAUUGGUGUAGAGAGACACUGUGCGGAUAAAGUCUCCUGUCCAAUAACGCAACAAACUGACCUGGCAAGGGGUCAAAGUCGUCCACGGAGUCCCUAGCGUAAAAUGUUACAUCACUGCCUCUCAACGAGGUCAAUAAAUCAUUAGGAUCCUUAUCUUCUAGGAAACCAGUGGAUCAGUUUUUGCCAUUAUAACUCUGAUUGCGAGACUUUCAGGCGGUACAUUUAUCAUUGGCAUACAGGAAUUUUACCCAAGAGAAAGGUUGGUACGCCAUUAUCAAGUCGUCAUACAAAGAAUUUAAAUACCGUAUAUUCCUUUAAAAGUUGCGAUGGGUAGUUGGCGAACCUACCGAAUUGACAAGAAUCCUAAAUUUCUACCGUAGAAAUGAUUUUCUAGCUCUUUUGUGUUUUUAUGCGCAAUUUCACAAAUAUAAUUACAGCUCUAAACUUUUAGUUAUCCUUAAUUUUUUAUCAACGCACUUUAAUUCUCUCAAUUCAGAAUCAGCUCAAAUGAGGCGGUUGGCAACUACGUGCGACAUGUGUUUGCACUGGCGCCUGGAAUAUUGACUCUCAUUGGAUUCCUACUGGUUUUGCUUUUCCAACCGUCAAGAACUCACAGCAAAAGUAAAGGUAACAUCGUCAAUGUGUACUGGGAUACUUUAUUCUAGGCUAGCACUAUAAUAGAGAGAAUAAGUGCGUACCGCGCUUCGUUUAAGUAAAAAAUAGUCUUAAUCAUUUCUGCGCCUUUAAAAUAUUAUCCUAUCAUGUAAAAUAUGACCAUGAAAAUAAACAAUGUUUUUUUCUUUAAUGAAGCAGAGUGUACGUUAGGAGUGUUUUAGAGUACGUCCAUCGUAUUCCCUAACAGCCACACGACGUUGCAAGUUUUCUGAUCCAUAACGUCCUUAUGCCAAAUCUCCUAUGUAGGCUUCCAGGAUGCCGAGGCUCAAGCUGACCAAUCAUCGUUGGAUAUUCAAGUUCCUCAGCUUCCAAGUCAAAGUGAAGCAAUUCCAGACGUCCGCCAUGAUGAAAAUCAAAUAUCUUUCAUCGCUACUGUGCAUUCUUAUCCCGAAGACACAAAACUGUAAUUUCUUUCGUUCUAUCGCGUAUUCAUAGGUGUUUUCUUAUUUGAACUAUGCAAAGUUUGUUAGAGACAAAACUGUUACCAAUACCCUUUCAAUUGAGAACGUAUUUGUAACUUAUCUUGGUGGUCCCACUAAGGAUUGACGUGACUGACGUGUACUAUGACUUUAAUUAACAUGAUUCAUUAAAUCGGUGUGACAUGAUGAUGAUCGGUUACCACAACCUUAAAAGAGGAAGAUAAAAUUCACACCAAUGACACAAUUGAACCACAUCAAAAAGAAAGCCAAAUUUUACGUACGUAGUUAUGUAUAUACGUUGGUCACUUAAUUCUCACAUAUUAAUGUGUGUGCCUUUUUAAGUCCGUAAAUAUUUACAAUUCUGAUCCUAUGUGAUGAGCGCUAACGUUAUCGUAAAUAACAUAGAAAUACGGAUGCAUUGCAGAAUCAAUCUGCACUGCACAGAGUGGAGUUAUUUCCUUUGUGGGUGAGC